UCACUUUUAACUGACAUCUCACAUCUCGCACCUUCACGCCUUCACACACACCAACAUCCUACCAAUCCUAUAUAUCUUCUCCAACGCGAAAUCAUCAUGGCCCCAUCUAAACCCACGCUUACUGAGGAGCAGAUCAAGGUCGUCUAUGCCAUCGUCGAUACCAUCAUUCCAGAACUUACUGGCCAGGAGCUCGAGGAUUUCGUUCGCUCCAACUCGGACGGAACCAACGACGAGGCAUUGAGGGCCUUUGGUAAGGCCAGUGUUAUGAACCAGAACCUGGGUGAGGCCGUGGUCGAAAAGCUGCAUGGCCAGCCUGCAGAGAAGAUCGAGGAGCUCGCCACAGUCUUCAAGGUCCUUUCCACAAAAAUCGGAACACUAGCGUUGGGAGGCAUCUAUGGCGACUUUGCCUCGCUCUCUCGCGAGCAGCGCACACAGAUCCUCCUGUCCUGGUCCAACAGCAUGAUCACGAAGCUUCGCAUCUUUGCGCGCGCCAUGAUAUCGCUGACAUCCAUUACCUUCUAUACCCAGCCCAUCGAGGCCAUCCACACUGCCAUUGGAUACCCUGGCGUUGACCCAGAGAUGCACUCGGAGCGCUUUUCUUCAAAGAAUUUCCCCGCAUACGAGUUUAUCCAGGUUCCGCCCGAGGGUAUUGAGCUGUCGUUUGAUGUGGUCAUCGUGGGCUCGGGCGCUGGAGGCGGAGUCAUGGCUGCAGAACUCUCGAAGGCUGGCAAGCGCGUCUUGGUGAUCGAGAAGGGCCACCAUUUUGCUCAGAGCGAACUUUCGCUCAUUCAAGCGGACGCUUUGGCAAAGCUGUAUGAGAAUGGUACGUCUCCCAUGUCCCCAACGGCAAACUGUUCACUUUACUUUGCGCGUUUUAUCGCAUCUUUUUUUGGUUCUUUCCCCUUAUUUUAAUUCAAAGUAAUUGCUAAAUCUUAUUUUCCCUUGUCCCUCUCCGAGAAAGUCACGCAUGAGGCAUGGGCAUCAAUCUAUCCAAAAUGUGUUGCCUUCACGUGAACUAACACCGGUAUAUCGAUCGUUUUUACUUCUAGCUGCGGCCUUGACCUCCACCGAUGGAGCCAUCACCGUUCUUGCGGGA